ACCAAACUCUUGUCUAAACAACCAAACUAUUGCAAAUUUGAAACUGAUCUUCCUCUCCAUCACUGACUCGUAUUAUCAAACGAUUCUUGCAAAGAAAAAAAAAAUGGAAGAAGUUGCUGUGGUGGAGAACAAGAAAGUGAUACUGAAGAAGUAUGUAGAUGGCAUUCCUACAGAAACAGAUUUGGUAGUGAAGCUCGGAGAGACAAUUGAGCUUAAGGCACCAAAAGGGUCCUCUUGUUUCCUCGUUAAAAAUCUAUACUUGUCUUGUGAUCCUUACAUGAGAGGUCGUAUGCGCGACUUUCACGGUUCCUACCUCCCGCCUUUUGUUCCUGGUCAACGUAUUGAAGGGUUCGGUUUAGCAAGGGUGAUAGAUUCUGAUGACGCUAAUUACAAGUCCGGCGACAUAAUCUCCGGGAUUACUGGUUGGGAAGAAUACAGUCUUCUUCGUAGCUCAAAUGAGCUGCAGUUGAGAAAGAUUCAGUUAGACGAUGGCAUUCCACUUUCUUAUCAUCUUGGGCUUUUUGGGAUGGCUGGAUUUACAGCAUAUGCAGGGUUUUACGAGAUAUGCUCUCCCAAGAAAGGGGAAAGUGUUUUAGUUUCUGCAGCUUCAGGAGCUGUAGGACAACUUGUUGGUCAGCUUGCUAAGUUGCACGGCUGCUACGUUGUUGGGAGCGCCGGUAGUGAACAAAAGGUUGAUCUUCUUAAAGACAAGCUCGGGUUUGAUGAAGCCUUUAACUACAAGGAACAGACUGAUCUUGAUGCUGCUUUGAAGAGGUAUUUCCCUGAAGGGAUCAAUAUCUACUUUGAUAACGUGGGUGGAUCCAUGCUUGAUGCAGCGCUCCUUAACAUGAAGGUCCGUGGAAGAAUUGCGCUCUGUGGAAUGGUGUCUUUGCAAAGCCUCUCAAGCUCAUCGCAAGGAAUCAACAAUCUGUACAAUGCGAUCCCCAAACGCGUAAGAUUAGAAGGGUUUUUACAGAGCGAUUACCUCCAUAUUUUCCCACAGUUUCUUGAACAUGUCAAAGGAUAUUACAAGGAAGGGAAGAUUGUGUACAUCGAAGAUAUGUGUGAAGGCCUUGAGCUCGCUCCAGCUGCACUUGUCGGACUGUUUUCCGGUAAAAAUAUUGGUAAACAGGUCGUUUGUGUUGCUAAGGAGUGAGUGUUUCUGAAAGUAUAUUGGCAUGUUAUGUGCAGAACAGACACUGUAUGAAUCAAGCCGUGUUAUGUGUAAGAGGUCUUGUGAAUCGCUUGUUGAUGAAGAGUGUUUCAUGAAUGUGUUCAUGUAGAUUUCAAUGAGCUUGCUUUGCAAGUAAACAAAAAUUAUGGGGUCAUAA